ACCACAUUACAUAUACUGUUCAGUUUCAAUUUAAUCCUUUAGUGCAGCAGAAGUGUUCUCAAAUUUAGAGUCUUAAAAGCCUCGAGCGCGUUUUCAAUAUAAAAGAAUGACUUCGCGCGAAUACCCCAAGGUUUGGAGCACGUUUGAGAGAAUAACCGAAGAUGGAAGGACAUUGGCAUUUAUAAUAGAAGAUAUCCCAGAGGCUCUAUGGAGUACUGCAGUCGAAUUUAUGCUUGGAAAUUAUAUACGGGAAGACGUCUGGUGGACUACAGCCGGCACAGCAGAAAAUCCCCAAGCUAUAGAAGAGUAUCGAGUGCUCCUGACGUCUAUCGUGAAGCAGAAGAUGAGUUUAGCGUGCUUCCUUACAGAAAACGACGGAAAGGGGCGCAAGCUCGUCGGAGUAAACAUGUGCAUGGUGCAGGAAAAGGAACGCUUCGUUGAACACAAUCCGCCUAAAACAAAAGCGGGUCUACUCUCGCUUUGUAUGUUUAGCGAAGCCAUGAAAGUGACAGCGAUUUACGACAAAAACGACGUAAGUAAAUAUCUCAUGGGAGCUGGCCUUUCUGUGUCUCCAGAAUACCGGGGCCAUGGAGUGGCUGUUGAGCUGCUUAAAUGUAGAAUGCUGCUGGCCAAAGAAGUGGGUUUGAAAGUUACAGGCGGAAUAUUCACAAGCGCUUCGGCACAGCGAUCCGCAGAAAAAGCGGGAAUGGAAUGCGUGUACCAUAUUCCGUACAAACAGUUCGGAGAACAGUGUAAAAUCGACUUUAAUUCAACCACUAAAGAUCUUAAAAUAUUUGCUAUAAAAGUGGAAUAAAACUAAAAUGUUAUUUUAAAAUAACAUGAGAAAUAUCUCUCGAAAUAUUAAAAUUACGCUAUUAUUGUAGUUGUAGACCUUUUACGACUUCAUACAACGGGAUUGUGAGAGCACUUCAAAAUUAAUGUUCUUAUUAAAAGAGAGACAGGAAUUCGUUCUUAUGCAUACUAUGAAUACUAAUGGAUGCUUUAUAUUUUAUGUAAAUUCUGUAAUGGAGUGUUAUAUUAAUUUUGUUAUGUUUUUUAUAACGGUAUGUUACGCAUGUGAACGUCGUAAAUAAAAAUUGCGUUUGUAUAUUCCUAUAAAAAU